AUAAAAUACCCAGGAGCUGAUAUGGAUAUCACUUUAUCUGCCCCAUCAUUUUGCCGUCAAAUUAGUCCAGAGGAAUUUGAAUACCAAAGAGCAUACGGCUCUCAGGAGCCUCUAGCAGCUUUGUUGGAGGAUGUGAUAACAGAUGCCAAGCUCUCAAACAAAGAGAAGAAGAAAAAACUGAAGCAGUUUCAGAAGUCCUAUCCUGAAGUCUACCAACAACGAUUUCCUACACCAGAAAGUGAAACACUUCUGUUUCCUGAAAAACCGAAACCCAGACCGCAGCUGCUGAUGUGGGCACUAAAAAAGCCUUUCCAACCAUUUCAAAGAACUAGAAGUUUUCGGAUGUAA